UUUCCAUGUUUAUAUAGAUCGAGAUGGCACCGCCGCCUCCUCCAAUCCAAUCCCCAAACCAGCGCAAGCGACAAACCUCGUAACCCAAGAUCUACGUCGACAGCAGAGGAACCAUCAAUCAAUCAAGAAGAGGCCAUGGCGGGCAAGGAGGAGGCGGGGAAGUUGAUGGUCAGUCCGGGCAGCGCUGCCAAUUCGACGGAGGCCGGCGUCGAUGGUCCUGCGGCGGUGUUCCCCUCCGCCGCCGGAUCCAUCUACACGGAGGGUGACGAGUCAGAGAAGGGGGUAGCUGCGAUUGACAAGAUGCUUGGGGAGGCGAAUCUGUCGUCCGCCGUCGCCAAUCAGCCGGCCGCAGCACCGCCAGGUCCAAACAAGGGCAAGGUUCGGCUGUCGAAAGCCGAGAUCAGGACCAUAAUUGCGCUGAAGCCGGAGCAACACCCCAGCGCCGAUUACCUGGACGAUCUGGCAGAGUAUUUCCCUCCGGAGUGGAUUGAGGAAAGGAAGCGUGCCCACGCUGACAGUGUAGAGCUUUUCAAGAAGAUGGACGACGAUUUCGAAGAGUACCGGCAGCAGGUCUUAGUGUCUGUGCGGGACAAGGGCUACUUCGAGGUCGAUGAAGAGCUCAUUUCCAACAGGGAAAAGGCGAAUGAGUACGUUGCCGAACAAUGGAAGAGGAUGGAUUUUACUGGAAUUCAGAUUGCCACCCCGGAGGACAGGCUGAGGGAUGCAGACGGUUAUCGUCCAUAUGUUCCUGACCAAGAUGAUGCGCUCGUUGAAGCUCUUGUGAUUGAGUGAUUCUCAAAGAUGACGCUGCUUGAGGAAGACUGGAUGGCACAAGGGAUCAAGCUUGCUGCCCAACUGAGAAUAUGCCUCGCUUGGCCCGUCUCUAUCUAUCUACUCUCUCUGUAACUCAAUGUAGUAAACUGCAAAAAGGUCUUACAUUAAGGUUGUAUCUAUCUUUCUAUUGUCAAUAACAUUGGUACUAGCUUAUAACCUGUGUUAUGAUAAGAUACUUCUAUCCAUCCAUUUUUUAUCUGA